AUGAUGAUGAAUAACUCUUUAUUACAGCCCUCGUUGCAAACAUCUUGUUCUCCUCCUCCACCUCCACCUAUGAAGAUGUUGAUGAAUGAUCCAUUCGCUUCCUAUACUGGCUCGUACACAUUCCCAUCCAUGGUUGCUAAUAUGCAAUGUAAUGCUAGUCAUUCUCCUACUUGCGCGCAACAGACUUCCAAUCGUACUCAUGCUGCAACUCUAGGCAAUGUCAAGCAAUGUGCAAACUACAAGUGUGGAACAACAAAGACUCCUCUUUGGAGAAAGGGAUGGACUGUUGAAGAACCUUCCUCUAAGAAUGGCUACAAACCAAAGACUGUCUUUUUGUGUAACAAGUGUGGUCUUCACUACCGAAAAGGUCACUAUUGCAAAGAGUGUUUAGAAAUCUUCAAAGAAAGUGAUAUGAGAAAUGAAAAACAAUUUUGGCUCAUUUGUUCUCAUUGCAAUCAAUGGAUUCACAAGAAGUGUAUGAAAGAGACUUGUCAAGAUGAAAGUAAUUAUGUGUGUUGUGAGUGUAAAGAGAACCCAAGUCGUACUCUCACAACGAAACGUAAGAAGAAAUCCACAGUGAGCAAACAAGUCGCUUCUGCCAGUGAAGAAGAAGAAGAAGUAGAGGAAAUUGCAAUUCCAAAGAGAAGAGUUCAACACAAACGUUCCUAUGAAUCCUCUCAAGAAGAGACUGAAUUCAAACCAUCUCAGCCAGCAACUCCUCUGAGAAGAGAAGGAUCCGUAUCUCCAACUUCUCCAAACUCAAUGCCAUUCAAGAAGAGAAUUAAGGGAUCCUUGUCACCAUCAACUUCACCAGAACCCAUGAUGCAACCAUUGAAGAUUUCUAGAAUUUAUUCAAAGAUUGCAUCUGAGAUUGAUGGAUAUACCACUGAGACAUCAUCUCCUACAACAUCUGAGAAUGAAGAAGACUAUUCUCUUUCCUUCUCUCCAAUCAGAAUGCCAAGUGAUGGCCCAAGAGUGUUCUUGAUCAACCAACCAAUGACGAACUCCUCCUCAGCCAUUGACAUGUUGGCAUCGAUUUGUGAACAAAUGCAAUAA